AGAUCACAGAGUCACUGCUGCUCCCCUUCAAAAGAAACUACUCCACUCCACUUUUUUCAGAAUCCAGAGGAAGUGGACAGAGUGUCACAGCAGCACAGCACACUAUGUGGUGGAGAGUGGUUAGCUGGCUGGCCUGGGUCCCCUUGCAAGAAGCCCUUCUGACUAACCGCGUGGAGACCAUCACAGUGGAGGAAGGCCACACGCUCACGCUCAACUGCAGCACUUCUCUGAAGCAACCUGCCCCCAUGCAGUGGCUGGCCCCCUCAGGCUUCACCAUUUUUUUAGAUGACCAUUCUGCUUUAAAGAAUUCUAAAUACCAGCUUCUUCAGCACUCGACCAACCAGCUGUCCAUCAGCGUGUCUAACAUCACCCUGCAGGAUGAAGGCGUGUACAAGUGUUUGCAUUACAGCAACCCUGUGAGAACAAAGGAAGUGAAAGUCAUUGUGCUGGCAAUUCCUUCUAAACCAACCCUGGAGGCUUCAGUGCUCAGAGGGCAAAAUGGAGAGGAAGGUGUUGUACUCAAGUGCUCCACUGUGAGAAGCAAGCCCCCUCCACAGAUAACCUGGAAAGUUGGGAACGACUUGGAGUUCUAUGGCAGAACGCACCAUGACUUUGAAACAGAUGGUAAAACAUGUAAUACCACCAGCAUGCUCAGAGUCUACACAUACAGGAAAAAUUCAACAGUGGACUGCAUUAUCCGACACAAAGGCCUGCAAGCGAGAAAUCUGGCAGCAUCCUUCCAGUUUGAAGAUUGGGUUGCAGAUCAAGAGGCAGCUUCCGAUGUCCUGGAAAAUAGCUCGCUGUCCUCCCCGGGAACUCAGCCUCCCACGCCCACUAGCGCUGUCUCAAUCAUGGAAAAUUCUAGUACCUCAGAGACUGACAAGGAAGAGAAAGAAAAGACCACUCAGAGCCCUGACUUGACCUCUGAAACGAACUCUCAGUACAUAGGACUGGUGAGGAAGAGAAGCGGCAUCCUGCUGCUCACUCUCGUGUCCUUCCUCAUUUUCAUCCUCCUCAUCAUAGUCCAACUCUUCAUAAUGAAGCUGCGGAAAGCUCACGUGAUGUGGAAAAAAGAAAAUGAAAUUUCAGACCACACAGUAGAAAGUUGUAGGUCACGAUCAAACAACGAAGAAACAUCUUCCCAAGAGAAAAAUGGCCAAGCUUCGCAUCCUAAGAGUUGCAUGAGCUACAUCACACAGUUGUACACGCAAGCGAAAGCAAAGAGGAAAGAAAGUGCUCAACAUUCAACAUUAGAAGAAAAACACUUGCCUAUACCAGAGAAUAUUGUGUAGUGCUCC